CCACAACCCUCCCCUCCCCUAGAUCCCGCUGCCGCGCUUUCCCGCUUCACCAGCAGCCACAGCCACCGCGGCAGCGGCAGCAACAGCAGUAGCAAGGGUAGCAGCAGUCUGCGUCACGGUCAUUUUCUCCUUCUCUGGUGCGCUUCUCAGUUCCCGUGCGUCACCAUGCCCAACAUCGUGCUCUUCAGCGGCAGUUCUCACCAGGACCUGUCACAGCGCGUGGCCGAUCGCCUGGGCCUGGAGCUGGGCAAGGUGGUCACCAAGAAGUUUAGCAACCAGGAGACCAGCGUCGAGAUUGGUGAAAGUGUGAGAGGGGAAGAUGUCUAUAUCAUCCAGAGUGGCUGCGGGGAAAUUAAUGACAACCUGAUGGAGCUACUCAUCAUGAUCAAUGCGUGCAAGAUUGCAUCCUCAUCCAGGGUAACAGCUGUGAUACCCUGCUUCCCCUACGCCCGGCAAGAUAAAAAGGACAAGGUAGGCGAGAGUCGUGCUCCAAUUUCUGCUAAACUUGUGGCCAAUAUGCUGUCAGUCGCCGGGGCUGAUCACAUCAUUACCAUGGACUUGCAUGCCUCUCAGAUCCAGGGAUUCUUUGAUAUUCCUGUGGAUAAUUUAUAUGCAGAACCUGCAGUUCUUCAGUGGAUUCGGGAGAACAUCACUGAAUGGAGAAACUGUAUUAUUGUUUCUCCAGAUGCUGGAGGAGCCAAAAGGGUUACAUCAAUUGCAGACAGACUGAAUGUGGAAUUUGCUUUGAUUCACAAAGAGAGAAAGAAAGCAAAUGAAGUGGACCGGAUGGUUCUUGUGGGUGAUGUGAAGGACCGUGUGGCCAUCCUGGUGGACGACAUGGCUGACACAUGUGGUACCAUCUGCCAUGCUGCAGAUAAGUUACUCUCAGCUGGUGCCACAAAAGUUUAUGCUAUCCUUACCCAUGGAAUCUUCUCUGGGCCAGCUAUUUCCAGAAUAAAUAACGCUGCCUUUGAAGCUGUUGUGGUCACCAACACAAUUCCACAAGAGGACAAAAUGAAGCACUGCUCCAAAAUUCAGGUGAUUGACAUUUCAAUGAUCCUGGCUGAGGCCAUCCGAAGAACCCACAAUGGGGAAUCUGUGUCCUAUCUGUUCAGCCACGUCCCACUGUAGUCUGGAUCGGAAUAUUGAAGGUGGAGCAAGCCUCCUCCAACUUCUUACUGUCUUUGUCUGCCUGCUGUCUUAGCAUUAGGACUCUGCAAUUCUAGGAUGAUCACUGGCAAAAGCAUCUGAUCUAUGUACACUCUGAGAGUCCUCUGUCUCUCCUUCUAAAGCUCAAGACUACUACUUUCCGUUUCUGGGGGAGGGCAGAGGAAGGUGGUGGUUAUUUGGUCGUUAAAUGAACUGGUGUCAAUGAGAAAUAAUCUUUUCCCUCAUUCUUUUUUAGUACUUUGAGGCAACAACUUUUAAGCCUAAAAUCCCACUGUGGAAAUUUGUCAUACAUAUAUUUUGAGGUUGCCAAACGUGAUUUCAAAUGAAAACCUUCUGUGUAAAUAUAUAAUAAUGCCUGUGGAUACUUGGGGAAAGUUCUAAAUAGCAUUUACUUCAGAGAGAGCUUUGGAAAAUUUAUACUAUCAUGAAUUUUGAAAUUUUGUUGUUUUUUAAAUGAUAACUGGGUUUAUUUUAUUGUCCUUUAUUGGGGCUGAAUUUUAUUGAGCCUAAAGUAGUCACUGACAUACUGACUUUUCUUAGUAAGAUAUUAGACAUAUUAAAGACAAUAUAAGGCUGUAUCAUUUUUAAAUUGCCACUUAGAAGAUAUGUUGAAACUAUCAACUUACCUGAAACUCCCAAAUUAUGAUCAGUGACCACUGUGAUUUGAAUACCAUUUCAGGAUGGAGUCAAUGAGUUUGCGGCCACAUUGAUGUGAAACUUUGUCUAUCCCAGGGGAAUUUCUCUUUAGGAUGCAACUCAUGUUCUGCCACCUUAUUCUCAGACUUUAGCCAUAGCCUUUAUUUUCCACUUUCCCCAAUGGUUUCUUGUUGUAGAUGUCCACCAAAAGAAAGACUCAUUGAAAUUCCCUCACAUGUUUUAGGUUGAUUAUUAUUUUAUUUGUUUCACAUACAUAAAAUCGGGAGGUUUUAAGAAUGACACCAAAUAUAUGUAUUCAAACAGUGCUUAGUGAGCUUGAGUUAAAUGUUCUUUGGCCCUAUAUCAUCAGAGGUGGUGAAUCUCUAAUGAGUUGUCAUCUCUAAAGCUGCUAAAAUGUCAAUAGGAGGGGAUUGCAAAACAGUGGGUACAAAAGUAAAUAGCUGUUCCAUUAAAGUAAACUUCAAGGAAAUGGUUCAAAAAGCAUUGUGACGAAGAAUCUCAUUGUGGAUGGCAUUCUUGAUAAAAAUGAUCUUUUAGUGAAGUGUGGAGGCCCAUGCCCAUAAUCCUAGCACUUUUAAACUAAAGCAGGAAGAGUACCACAAGUUGAAGGCCAGCCUAGGCUACACCUUGAGUUCUAGCUCAGCUUUGGCUGCUGAGUUGCGACUGUAUGUCAUAAAACCAAAACAAACAACAAAAAAGGAAGUUCUCUAUGGCAUCAUUAAAAGUGGACAACCUAUCAUUUUUUUCUCACAAAGAAGAGGAUUUGUCUGUGUAUCUAAAGCUUAGGAAUGCUAAAAAUAUACUUUUCCCCCUUGCUAAGUACUGUAGAUAAAUUCUCAGCCCUAAAUUCUGCAGAUAGAAAAUCCUAUCCAACUGAGUAACACACUCAACCAGCACUCUUGAACAUCAGAGGAGCAGAAGUCAAAUUGAUGUUACAAAAUAUAAUUUAUGUUAUUCCAGAAACUGGCAUUUUGACAAUACCUUAUUUGUAACUGUUCUAAAGAAAGUGGGCCCCAUCACCGGGGAUGCUCUGUGGUACAGUCUGUACAGUCGUGGCUAGACAUGUGUCAAAACUUGUUUGAUAUGAUGCAGUUGUUACAAAUGUGUGAUGUCUGUAUUUCUUGGAUUUUAUGGCUGUGCUGAAGACAUCCUUGUGCACACCCACAUGGAGAUAGCUGUGUGUGUGUGUGUGUGUGUGUGUGUGUGUGUAUGUGUGUGUGUACAUGUCCCAAAGCAUUGGCAUGACAAAAGCCAGUUGGUAAUUAUUUUAUCUAGUAUAUUUAAAGCUUAUUGUGUCUAGUGGAUCUUAAUCUUCACAUUUAAAACCCUGCCAGAAAAAUCUACCUGGCUGUCCUCUGAAUUUGAGAACUGAUGGUUUCUGUCCUUACUUGACGUGAGUUAGUAUUUUAAAGUACCUCUGAAUACAUUUGUGAACUAAUUGGACUGGACUGAGUCUUAUACAGUGGAAAUACGGUUUUAAAUAUUGAUGGUUUCAGUUUGGCUGAGAUGACGAAGGCUGCCUCAUGAGCAGCCUUAAUUCAGAACUUUCUUGUUCCUUGCUUCUUGUGGUAAAGAAACAUAACAGAAAUCACCAAAUAGAUCACCUCUGUCCAACUAUAUGAAAGGAGAGGAUGUUAGGCAUAUCUAGCCAAAAAGGGGAGCCAAGAAAAUGUGAAUAUACCAAAGUUGUUUAGCCUCCACCUAAAUUGUAUUAGUCAACUGGUAGAUGUUCAUAUGCUAACUUUCCUUUGUUAGAUACAAUGUCAACUAAAUUGAGGAAUAUAUUCCUUGCAGUGCUUGCCCUGGUUUUAGAGACCAGAGACUGUUUACUAAGACAUUUCAAUAAAAUCAUGCUGACUA